GUGAAGUCAGCGCGUGCACCUUGCCGCGCGAGCGUGUUCCGCCCAGAAAAGCGGUGUCGGUUAGGUCGCGCGCUGUGAUCCAGCCCAGUUCUGUAUACAGGCGCCAUAUUUGUUCGGUGUUUCCUCCUCCUGCUGUUUGCCGGCGGCUCGGGAGAUGUAGAGAUUAUUUUUCAGAGACCGUAUCGCAGAAGCUGAAAGUCCCCCGUUGGACUUCGUUGUAGAAAGUUGAAACCGCGGUGCGUGUUAGCAUAGAGCUCGGAGCUAACGGCUUUAGCUUAGCGUAGUCUAGCCUAGCUGGCUGUGGUGGUGUAACCGGGCCGGAUUCUGCCUUCUCAUGCGCUCCUGCGGCCUGGACGAAACAUGGUGUCGUGGAUCAUCUCGAGGGCCGUGGUGCUGCUGUUCGGAACCCUGUACCCAGCGUACUACUCGUACAAAGCGGUGAAAACCAAAAAUGUCAAAGAAUAUGUCCGCUGGAUGAUGUACUGGAUCGUGUUCGCGCUGUACACUGUAGCGGAAACCAUCACAGACCUCAGCGUAGCAUGGUUUCCCCUCUAUUAUGAAAUCAAGAUUGCCUGUGUGAUCUGGCUCGUGUCUCCCUACACCAGAGGAGCCAGUGUAAUCUACAGAAAGAUUCUACAUCCUCUUCUAACUUCCAAAGAAAGAGAAAUCGAUGACUACAUUGUUCAGGCUAAAGAGCGCAGCUAUGAAACAAUGCUUCACUUCGGCAAGCAGGGCUUAAGUAUAGCAGCUACUGCAGCUGUUUCUGCAGCUGUCAAGGGUCAGGGAGCCAUCACGGAGAAGCUGAGAAGUUUCAGCAUGGCUGACCUCACUCAGAUCCCGCAGGAUGAAGGGGAUGGGGGACAGUUCUCCUCCUACUCCAGCUCCAAUCCAGCCAGGAGAGCAAUAGCCUCCACUCAGCACGACAGAGCCGAUUACUACGAGGACGCUGACGAGGACCACCGAGGUGAUGACGAUAGCGAGACGGUGUUCUCUGAAGACGAAGCCGUAAGUCAGCGCGGCCUCAGGAGAUCUCAAAGCACCAAAGUGACGCGCACCAAACUUCGGAAAGACGCUCGCUACGGAUCUCUGAAAAUUAAAGGGAGAAGGAGGCCUGCACUGAACCCCAUGACGUAUACCAACCCUGACCAGUGACUACUGACUCUGAAGAACUUUAUCUACUGAAGCCUUGAGUGUUAAUAUUCUUCUCUCUUAGUGGCUGUGGGUUUCUUUCAUCAUCCAGUAGGGUUUAUUAUUAUUUUUUUUUUUUUAAUGCAGCACAAACACUAUUUAUUUCUGAACUCCACAGUUAACCAAACGACAUGAGCUUUUACGUCGCCAGAAUGUUAUAAGACAAAGAACAGAAGUGUAGAGUGAGAUUGUGUGUGUGAUGUAGACAUUAUUGUAUGGUGUGGCCUGUCCUGAAUUUGAUAUUCAGUUCGGCUUUCUUUUUAGUAUUUUAAAUUGUUUUUACUCUUUUCCAAAGUGUUAAAAAUGGGUAUAUACCUUUUUGGAGGUGGGUUUUUUGUUUGUUUAUUUUUAUGUAUACUUCAUAGCAUUUGUAUGUGUGUUGUUGUGGUUGUUUUUCAAUGCUGCCUUUUAUUUGUGAGUUUUGUUCAAUUUUUUUUUCCAACUGCUGAUGGCUAAAAUCAUGGUGAUGCCAAAACACUUGAAUGCGAUCAGACCAAAAAUGUCCGUUAUCAUUAAAGGGAAAGAAAUUUUUAAAGACAAUGAAAAGAUGUAAAAUAAUUAUGAAUAUUGCUGAUUAUGUAAAAAAACAACAACAACAAAAAAACAUUUUUGCACAUUUUAUUACUAUGUCAUUUCAGUGCAGAAUGUAUUUUUAAAACUGGGGAAAGGACCACAUGCUGUACCUAUGUGAUAUAAUCCACUACAUCUGGUGGAGGUGAAAUCCUAGUUUAAGGUGUAUAUGUGCUCAACCAAAUGUUCCAUUUGAAAUCUAAUGUCACGGCGUGACUGAAUAAACUUUGCGAUUGA